AUGUUUGAUGACCUGAAGAGUCUAGUGGCUCCUUACAUCACUAAAACCACGACUAAUUUCCGAGAACCUAUAUCUCCUGCAGAGAGGCUUGGAAUAACAUUGAGAUUUUUAGCAACAGUGGAUUCUUAUACCACAAUAGCAGAUUCAUAUAGGACAUCAAAAUCAACAGUUUCAGGGUUAGUCACAGAAACUUGUGAGGCAAUUUGGAAAUCACUCAAAAAAGAAUAUUUAAACCCGCCAACAGUUACAAAAUGGAAGCAAAUCGCUGAAGAGUAUGAGAAAAAGUGGAAUUUCCCACAUUGCAUAAGUAGCAUAGAUGGGAAACAUAUACAAAUUCAAGCACCGAUGAAUUCAGGGUCCCUUUAUUACAAUUACAAGCAAACCUUCAGCAUUGUGCUAAUGGCCCUUGUUGACGCCAAUUACAAUUUUUUUGUAGAUGUGGGAGCAUACGGAAAGCAGAGUGAUGGAAGUGUUUUUCCCCACUCUGCUCUCGGUAAGCUCCUAAAUGAAGGGCCCUGA